AUGACAGAUCAGAUUCCAGAAGCAUCUAGCAGUACUUAUGCUAAUGAGGUAGAGAGGACCAAGAAACUUGCAUCAGUGAUUUUUGAAGAAGAAGAUGUCGGGUUCGAGGAAGAUAUACUCAAAAAUCCAUUUUCACUUCGAAGCUGGUUAAGAUAUAUCGAACACAAGAAGAAAUGUAAAGCACCAUCAAAACAAAUCAAUCUAGUUUAUGAACGAGCUCUAAAGGAACUGCCGGGCAGCUAUAAACUAUGGUAUAAUUAUCUCCGAUUUCGUCGAAAACAGGUGGUAAAUAAGUGUCCUACAGAUCCAGCAUAUAAUCACGUCAACAAUGCUUAUGAACGAGCUUUGGUUUUCAUGCACAAGAUGCCUCGAAUAUGGAUGGAAUACUGUGAAUUUUUAACGUUACAACGUCUUGUAACGCAAACUAGGCGGGUUUUUGAUCGCUCCUUACGGGCACUGCCAGUUACUCAGCAUGAUCGAAUUUGGCCGCUUUAUAUCAAAUUUGUUACAAGCCAUGAAAUUCCGGAAACGACAAUUAGAUAUAUACUAGCAUGCUACAAUACUUAUUUAAUUGAACUUUAUUUUAGGUACUUGAAAUUGCUACCGAAGUGUCGCGAAGAUUUCGUUGAUUACUUACGCAAAAUUGAUCAAUUAGAUGAUGCUGCUCAGCAACUUGCUAUUCUUGUAAACGAUGAUAAGCCAUACUCCGAACAUGGCAAAACAACUCAUCAACUGUGGACUGGGCUCUGCGAAUUGAUUUCGAAAAAUCCAAGUAAAGUGCAUUCACUGAAUGCGGACUCAAUCAUUCGACAGGGCAUACAAAGAUAUAGCGAUCAGGUAGGACUUCUCUGGUGUUCACUAGCAGAAUAUUAUAUCAGAGCUGGACAGUUUGAACGGGCAAGAGAUAUAUAUGAAGAAUCACUUAUAUCGGUAAAAACUGUGCGAGAUUUCACGCAAAUAUUUGAUGCUUAUGCCAAAUUUGCUGAACGUGCAACAGCAGCAAAAAUGGAUGAAAUAGAUAACGAGGACACUGCAAGUGAUGAAGAGCAACAGUUGGAAUUGGAGCUUCUUUUUGCAAGAUUUGAGAAUUUAAUGGACCGUCGACCGCUGCUUUUGAAUAGCGUCCUGCUGCGUCAAAAUCCUCACAAUGCAUAUGAAUGGUUAAAUCGUGUCCAGUUAUAUGAAGGCGAUAAGAAAAAGCAAAUCGAGACAUAUGAACAAGGUGUGCGAACGGUGCAACCUAAACUACAAACUGGUAAAUUGUCAAAUAUUUGGAUAAGCUUCGCGAAAUUUUAUGAACAAGAGGGCAUGUUGAACGAAGCUAAAUUAAUAUUUGAAAGAGGGCUGAGACCUGAUUACACCAAAGUGGAUGAUCUUGCAUCGAUUUGGUGUGAAUAUGUUGAAUUUGAACUGCGCCACCGGAAUCCUGAGCAUGCUAGGAAGUUAAUGCAACGAGCAACUGCUAUGCCACCUCGAAGAGCUCAUUACUUUGAUGAAACGGAACCAGUACAGAAUCGGUUAUACAAAUCUUUAAAGAUUUGGUCUCUGUAUGCUGAUAUCGAAGAAGCAUUUGGUACUCUUGAAAGUUGCCAAGCUGUUUAUGAAAGGAUUAUUGAUUUACGUAUUGCUACUCCACAAAUAGUAGUCAAUUAUGCUAAAUUUUUAGAAGAAAACAAUUAUUUUGAGAACGCUUUUAAGGCUUAUGAGAAAGGUAUAGCAUUGUUCAAAUGGCCAAUUGUCAAUGAAAUUUGGAGUGUAUAUUUGGUUAAAUUUUUAAAACGAUAUGGUGGCAAGAAGCUGGAACGUGCGCGCGACCUCUUCGAGCAGUGCUUAGAAAAUUGUCCACCAAAAUUUGCAAUGAAGCUUUAUUUACUGUAUGCAAAACUGGAAGAAGAAUAUGGUUUGCCACGGCACGCAAUGAACAUUUAUAAUCGUGCGACUACUGCAGUUGAAAAACAUGAAAUGUACAGUAUGUUUAAUAUCUACAUUAAAAAGGCGACAAACAUGUACGGUUUAACAUAUACACGACCAAUAUUUGAACAUGCUAUUGAAGUUCUUCCGGAAAACCAGUCGAGGGAGAUGAGUAUUCGAUUCGCACAAAUGGAACGAACAUUAGGUGAAAUUGAUCGAGCACGAGCAAUAUAUGCUCACUGCUCUGAAAUAUGCGACCCUCGGGUCCAUGGUAUUUUCUGGGAAAUUUGGAAAGAAUUCGAAGUGAAACAUGGUAAUGAAGAUACAGUGAGGGAAAUGUUGCGUAUAAAAAGAUCUGUGCAGGCAACUUACAACACAAACGUUAAUAUCAUGAGCGCACAGAUGUUGUCCACAGUAGCGGGUGCAGCUACAGGCACAAUCAUACAUGAACCCAGCACGGCUGGUGAUAGCAUGGCGAUGCUUGAAGCUCGCGCUCAAAAGAUCGCAGAAGAAGAAACAGGUGUCGCAAAGUUGGCAGUGGGCGGAGCUGGUAUCAAAUUUGUACGAGGAGCUGUUAAUGUAGUCGAGUCAAAUGUUACAGAAAAUCCAGAGGAAAUUGAUAUCGGAGAUGAUGAUGGCGAUGAUGAGCCAAAAAAUGUGGAAGAUGUGGAAACGAGAGCUAUACCCGCAGGUGUUUUGGGUUCACUUGCAAAAGAAAAUGAUCAAUAA